AAAACCACAAAAGACUUCGAGCCAUGGCAGCCUUUUUGACUGACAAUCGCGGUGAGAGCACGGCGAAAUUAUGCAUGAUGCUGAUUGGCAUUGGCUAUCUUUUCCCCAUUGCCGCAAUUUGGGCAGCCUUUGACUAUUGGAAGGUCCUUUUUCCCGACGCCAACGUGGAGUUUGCGGUGACUGCCCUGUAUCAGGUUGGCUCCAUCAUCACAGUGGCGGCACUGUCAUUUACAGAGUCAUUUGUGCUUGAACGUCGCAUCAUGGGUGGCUUCAUCGGGCAAUUUCUUUGUCUCGCGGGCAUCUUAUCUUUCAGGUGGCUACCUGUGGCGACUGCAACGCUGUAUCAACUACUCCUUGGAGUCGUUGCUCUGUGCUCUGUGGCAACAGGUUACUUGGACUCAGCCCUCCUGUCGCUUUGCUCCCAGUACAGCUCCAACAUGCAGCAGUACUUGCAGAUUGGGAUUGGCUUCGGUACCCUCGUGUCGGUGGUCUAUCGCGACAUCACCAAACUCCUGAUGUCACAUGAUAUUGCCGAUGCCACAUGUGCAUACUUUAUCAUUGCACUGAUCACGGUCCUCGUUUGCAUUUCUGCUUACAGGCUGCUGAUGUCGCUGCCAAUUUCUCGGCAUGUGAUAGACAGAACCGACCUCGACGAGAAACUCUUGGACAAAAGUUCUCGCUUUGAGUCGCCUUUGCCAUAUGCUUGUGGUUUCAGCCCUGGUGGGUGCAAAGACUCCGAGGAGUCUGCGCUUGGGCUGCAUGACUUGAAUUGCGAGGCUGGCACUAGUUUCACUGCAGUGUUUCGUGUGGUUUGGUUCAACCAAUUAGUUAUUUUUGCGAAUUUCACCCUGACUACAUUUUGCUACCCUGGCUUGAUCACUGCCAUUCCCUGCAGGCAGAUGCAGUGGCUGAAAAGUGGCCAUUGGUUUCAGACAAUUCUCUUAACGGUGUUCACUCUCUUUGACAUCUCAGCGCGAUUUGUGACGCAGCAUCGGGUGGGCCUUCACUAUGGAAACAUUCAGUGGACUGCCGUCGUGCGAUCACUUCUCUUGCCAUUGAUGAUCUAUUGUGCAAUCUCAGAGUCAGGGAGUGACCUUCUCUCGAUGGCUGUUGUGGCAAGCUUUGGCUUCUUGAAUGGCUACUGCGCAUCUCUGUGCCUGAUUGUGAUCAAUGAGAUCCCCACCCUGAGUAGCGAGCAACGGAAGACGUGUGGACGAAUUUCUGCCUGCUCCGUCAACACUGGCCUCUGCGUUGGCUCUCUUGGAGCCUCUGCUUUGGCGAGUGUGCUCUUGAGCCCCAACUGAUUGGAAAAUUGUCAUUGCUGAGCUCCAGAAAGGAAGUAUUUCACGAUGACACUAGAGUGUGAACACUCAUUGCAUUUAAAAUGAGUCUGAACGUGCUGAAGAGAGUCUUUCGAGCCCUCGAGUGAAGAUCGACGGUUUUCGACCCAUUUUAAUGACUGCUCGCAGCCAGGCGAUCUGAAAA